AUGUUGGUAUGGUGUAGCGGCCAUGUCGUGGUCGUCUUGCUGGUAGCUGCACUCAGUACUGCGCCGGCAUGCACAGAACGUAUUGGCCUGUACGAAGACACAGAUCUGUUGGAAAUAUUGGACAGUACCAAUUUUAAUGACAAAGUAUUGCAAGGAAAUACAUCAUUCGUGGUUGAGUUUUACAAUGCCUUUUGUGGACAUUGUAUACGGUUCUCAACUCCUUGGAAAGGAUUUGGAAUACAAAUCUACGGGUGGAGAAAUUAUGUGAAAGUUGGUGUGAUUGACUGUUCAAACGAAAUAAAUAGUCAAACAUGCCGAGAUUAUGAAGUCAUGGCCUAUCCUACCGUACGCUACUUUCCUCCCCAGCCAGCAUCAAGUGAUAUUGGAAAAGAUUUUAUUAGAUCUUUUAAUAUACAAGUUAUGAAGGAUUUUCUUAUUAAAAUGCUUCAAGAAACUCAAAGUAGCACAAAUGUAUCAACUUUGUGUGAUAUACAACCCUUUGAAAAUGUCAAUGUAGAAUUGGAUUCAAAUAAUAUUUUAACAUUUAUUAUAAUUAGUACACCAAAUGAUAAGAUUGCUCAAGAACUUAUUAUUGAUUUCUGUCCUGUAAAAAAAGUUAAAAUAAUAAGCGUACUAAAUUCUAACACAGGAUUGGCCGAAUUAUUAAAAACAGAAACAUAUCCAAGUCUCUAUCUUGUUGAAGAUAAUAACCAAUUCACACGUUUAGCAAGUGGAAAUAACAAAACAAAUUUUACCAAUACCAUUAAUACAUAUUUGGAAACAGUGCACAUGACUCCAUUCAGUAUAUUUGAUAUUACUACUACACUCUAUAAUUUAUUAUUCCAUAAAGACAAAGGUUCGAUACAGAAUGACAACACAGUUUAUUUGUCAGAUUUAGAAGCUACAUUGAGGUAUUCUCUGGAACAUGAGAUUCUAUCACGAAGUGUUAUUUCUGGCGAGUCAUUAAAUGCAUUAAAUAGUUAUUUAGAACUUCUUAUUGAAUGUUUCCCUUCUAGUAUUAGAGGUAAAAAAUUCAUUAAGUUAAUAUGGGAUAAUACGCAUCUCAAUAAAACAGUAUCAGGAGAGAAGCUUGGAAAUCUUAUUAAUAACUAUGAAUUUUUGUUAAAACCUUAUGUUACUAAACAUAAUUGGAUCGGAUGUGAAGGUAGCCAACCAAUAUAUAGGAAAUAUCCAUGUGGCUUAUGGACCAUGUUUCACACACUCACAGUACAAGCAUCUAUAAAGAACUUGACAACAUUUAAUGGAAGACAAGUUUUGGAAACUAUUGCUGGUUAUGUUAAAAAUUUCUUUGGAUGUACAGACUGUUCUGAGCAUUUCAUGAAUAUGGCUACCACAAUUCAAACUAAUGUUUCAUCAUUAGAUGAUGCAGUGCUGUGGCUUUGGUCGGCCCAUAAUCAAGUGAAUCAAAGACUUAAGGGUGAUGUUACUGAAGAUCCAAUUCAUCCAAAAAUAAUAUUUCCAUCAAAAGUAUAUUGUGAAACAUGUCACCAAAUUGGUACUGAUGAGUGGAAUGAAACUGAAGUGCUAAAAUAUUUGAAAAAUAUGUAUUCAGCUAUUAGUCUUCAAAAGACAUCAUUUGAUAAUAUUCAUUCUCAAAAUGAUAAUUUGAUGAUCCCAGGUAAACGGUCCAUUGAUGAUGAUAGUAAUUAUAAUAAUAAUGUGUUUGAUGAAGAAGAAUGGAAGAUUGAUGUUAGCACUUGUAUGAUAUCAUAUAUUUUGUCAUGUAGUGUGUUAAUGAUAUUAUUUUAUUUACUGUUGGUGAAGAAACGGUGUAAAAAAAAUAAAUAUAUUUAUUUUAUACUGGGUAAAUAG